UCAUAAUGAAAACACCCCCAGCGACACACGGUCUGGGUGCAAUCUAGUAUGCAUAAUUCCAAACCUCUGGACAUAUUCAACUCACUGUUUCAUUGUUUAGCCAGAUCAGUGUUCCAACGCUCAACAUGAAGAUACCAGUUGUUGAUUUUGGAGCAUACAAGUUAGGGGAAAACGAGGUUUCAGGCGAGCAGUUAGAGAUCCUGAGCAGGCAGUUGAAAACUGCCUUUACGGAAGUGGGAUUUGUUUAUCUGAAGAAUACUGGGAUAGUACAACUAGACGUGGAUGAGGUUAUGAACACAUCCAAGACAUUCUUUCUGCAACCAGAUGAAAUGAAACUGCCUUUCAGCAGGAAAAGCUUCUCUAAUAAUCCUAACCAUGGCUGGGUGUCUUCAGAGACUGAGAGUUUAAAUCCCAAGAGACCAGGAGACCUAAAGGAAGCCUUCAACACUGCAUCCCUUCAUCCAGACAUAAAAUGGCCAUCGUGGGAAGGAGGGAAUGGAUUCUUUGAGGUCCAGUCGUCGUUCUUCCUGCGCUGUAAGGACCUGUGUCUCCGGGUGCUUCGUGUGAUGGCCUACAGUCUGGGCCUGGAGGCUGAGGUCUUCUUAAGUGCACACAGACACAUAGGGACUGAUAAGAACAGCAGUACCCUGAGGUCUCUGUAUUACCCCUCGGUGAGGAGUGACAGGGUGAAGGAGGGCCAGCUGCGCUGUGGAGAACACUCGGACUAUGGCAGCAUCACCCUGGUCUUCCAGAGUCAAGAGGGUGGCCUGCAGGUGCGUACCAGGUCAGGGGAGUUCAUCUCUGCUCCCAGCAUCCCUGGGACAGUACUGAUCAACAUAGCUGACCUGAUGCAGAGGUGGACCAGUGAUGUUUUCCUCUCAGCGGUCCAUAGGGUUUUGCUGCCCCCCGCUGGAGACUUGAGCACACGGCAGUCCCUGGCUUUCUUUGUGCAGCCAGACGAUGAAGCACUCAUCACCUGUUUUGAUGGGUCUGACAAAUAUCCCCUGUGAAGUCAGGGGCCUAUCUCAUGGAACGCUUCAAUGACUCUUAUGGGAGGAAGUGACCUUUAUCCAUCCAGCAUUAAUUAUUUUGUGUUAUGCAAUUAAUUCAGUGAAUCAAAAUGUCAGUAAAAAGAGAAUUUCCUUUUAAAUCCAUGAAGUGAAGUGGGAGAGAGAUAAAGGAAUAUGUGAGCAAAAACCUUCCAAGUACAGAUACUGUAUGUAGAACCAUGGUAAAGCACAGUAUGGGCAGAACUGAAAAAGCAUGUGCAAGCAAGGAGUUCUACAAACCUGACUCCGUUACACCAGCUCUGUCAGGAAUGGGCCAAAAUUUACCC